UCCAGUGUAUUUAUAUAACUCGUUGAACAGAACCACGCGGACGACUUUGUCUCUCUCUCUUUUUUAAUGAGGUUUCCCUUAAUCAUUCGUCAGAAGUUGGAUCAAAACAUUUUUUUCCCCCGUAAUUGGGAUUUCAGUCACUCGUCUAUUUAUUAAAGUUGUGGAAACUCAACUAGUUGCGGUCAGUUCGUGAACUUGGAUCGCGUCUUGCCGCUUUUCACUCGGUUCGGGGUUUCGGCAGAGAACUAGGAUGUCGGCGGUGAAAGCGCUACAACAGUGGUGUAAGCUCCAGGUUCAGGGUUACAGAGAUGUCACUAUCACCAACAUGACCACUUCUUUCAGGGACGGGAUGGCUUUCUGCGCCCUCAUUCACCGAAACAGACCCGACCUCAUUGACUUUGAUUCCCUGAUGAAGGAUAAUGUCUAUGACAACAACCACCUGGCGUUCCGGGUAGCGGAGGAUGAGUUGGGGAUCCCAGCUCUGUUAGAUGCUGAGGACAUGGUGGCCCUGAAGAUACCAGACAGACUCAGUAUUCUGACAUAUGUCUCACAAUACUACAACUACUUCCAUGGCAAAUCACCUAUUGGCGGCAUGGCGGGGAUAAAGCGUCCAGCGGAGGCAUCCACAGAAGAGGGGCCUUCUGGGAAAAAGAACCAAGCAGUUGUCUCCAAGGUCUUCCCCGCCUCUACCCCCUCUAAAUCCGCUACUGAGAACCGCCCUCCCCCCUCCUCCUCACCUAAAGCCUCAACCAGACCAGACAGGGCAGCACAGAAGGAUGAGCGAUCCAAUAAGACGGGGACUCUGAGCAGUAAGUGUUCCGUGUGUAAUAAACACGUUCAUCUGGUCCAGAGACACCUAGUGGAUGGGAGGCUGUAUCACAGGAGCUGUGCCAGGUGUAGUGAGUGUUCCACCACUCUACUGUCUGGUAACUGUAAACCUGGACCAACACCAGGCUCCUUCAUCUGUACCUCCCAUCACCAUCCCCAGGGGGCGCUGCCAACACACACCCCUCUCCGAGACCUGCCCAAAAACAACCCUACUACCCCUGCUGAAUCCAAAUACACCCCUCACCCUCCUCCCACUGUCAAGACCACCCCUCUCUCAUACCUGCCCAAAAACAACCCUACUACCCCUUCUUCCUCCAAAUACACCCCUCACCCUCCUCCCACUGUCCAGACCACCCCUCUCUCAGACCUCUCCAGGAAUACCCCCGGAGCCAAAUACACAGACCCCCCGAAAUCCACCCCAGCUCCGACACCCACCAGUACCCCCUCCAAAUUUGUCCCUAGCUGGCUGAGCUCCAAAUCAGACGGAUCCAAAAGCACCACCCCCUCUGCCUCCUCCUCGCGGCCCAGCCCGGGGCUCUCCUCCCUGGGCAUAGUGAGCCCUGCAGUCCCUGGACCCACCGCAGUCCCACGGAACUUCAACACGACUUCAACUACCCAGCAGGCCCGGCUCCAGUUCUUCCAAUCUGGUAACACCACCACUGGGCAGGAGAACCAGGGCAAGACCCAGACUCCGGGACAGGCACCGAGUCUACCCACAAAUAGAGUCCCGAACGCUGGCACACAGGGGACAGUAGUGGGGGUUGGCCAGGGUGUGAGUGUGGUAGUGAGUUUGGGUGGCAGUGGGGUAGGGGGUAAGGGAGAGGGUUCAGGUUGGGGUGGAGGUAAGGGAGGGGAUAAGGGUGUGAAUGUGGUGCUAGGUGGGGACAGGGAUGUGGUUCAGGGUAGAGGUAGAGUUGUCUUCAAGGUGGAUGGUGAUGUGAAAGCCUCUCCAUCUAAAGAAGACUGCAGUACCAAGACCCAGGCUGCUGCUGUCAUCACUAAGAAACUAACAGAGAACAGCAACACACCAACAGCUGGUGCUGUCAUCACUAAGAAACUAACAGACAACACCACAACAGCUGGUGCUGUCAUCACUAAGAAACUAACAGACCACAAUACCACACCAACAGCUGGUGCUGUCAUCACUAAGAGACUAACAGACAACAACACCACACCAACAGCUGGUGCUGUCAUCACUAAGAAACUAACAGACAACAACACAACAACAGCUGGUGCUGUCAUCACUAAGAAACUAACAGACAACAACACCACAACAACAGCUGGUGCUUCAAGUCCUCCGUGGCAUCCUGUAGGACUGAAGAAGACCGAGAACAGAUCUCCCUCUCUCAGACCUGCCCCUGCUGAAACGCCUAAGAAAGAGACGGAGACUCCUAAAAAGGAGACUGGGGGCAGAGUUAAGCUAAAAGCAGACCCGUCUCUCCUCGCCCCCCUCACCCCCAACACCUCCACCCCGACCCCAGCCAGCAGAACAGGCCUGUGGAACAAAACCCCGGAUAAGGCAUCCGGAGCUGUUUCUCCCAGCAACACUAUGGCAACAGCAGACAACAGCAGCUCUCCUGCUGACUGGCGGUCCAGGCUCAAACCUGCCUCCAAGCCUGUAGGACCUAAAGACUCCUCUCCCCUCCACCCUGACAUUCAGAAGGCUGAAACCCUGUCUCGGCCCUGGGCCGGUGGAUCAGGAAACGCCCAGGCUUCAGUCCCUGCUGGGUCUACUCUGGCCCCCUCCAGCCCCCCAGAAGCCUCCUCACCCAGCCCGCUGAACACCGGCCCUGGGACAUGGGGCGUCCUGACAGGGAAGAGCUCAACGACAGCUAACGGCUCCAACACAGACACCAAGAUACCUAAACCAAGUAAACCGGACUACAUCCCGAAGGAAGAGAUCCUCAGAGAGCUUCAGGAGAUAGAGGACAGUGUUAAUGAGUUGGAGAGGAAAGGAGUGGACCUGGAGAAACAGCUACGCUCCUGUGAAGAGGAGGGAGAAGAGGACGUGGUGAUGGAUGACCUGAUGGUGGAAUGGUUCAACCUCAUCAGAAACAAGCAGGUGUCCAUGAGGAGAGAGUCUGAACUGGUCUACAUAGCGAAGACACAGGAUUUGGAGGAACAGCAGCCCAGUGUAGAGCAGGAGCUGAGGAGACUCAUGGACAAACCUGAGCGGCUGAAGACGUUGUGGGACCGUCGUAGAGAAGAGGAGUUGAUGGUCAAGCUGGUGGAGAUCGUCAAUGACAGAAACGCCAUCAUAGACGGACUGGACGAUGACAGACUCAGGGAGGAUGAGGAAGAUGAGCAGCUCAAUAAGAUGAUGAAGACCCUAGACACAAAGAAAGAGAAGAAGAAGAAGUCCAGCUUUAAGUUGUUUGGUAGGAACAAGAAGGAGGGAUGAUCCCACUGGGAGGAACAAGAAGGAGGGAUGAUCCCACUGGUAGGAACAAGAAGGAGGGAUGAUCCCACUGGUAGGAACAAGAAGGAGGGAUGAUCCCACUGGUAGGAACAAGGAGGGAUGAUCCCACUGGUAGGAACAAGAAGGAGGGAUGAUCCCACUGGGAGGAACAAGAAGGAGGGAUGAUCCCACGGGGAGGAACUCUGGGACACACUGUUACCCUGCUUGAGAUGUGGUUAUCACUGUUACCCUGCUUGAGAUGUGGUUAUCACUGUUACCCUGCUUGGUGUCUGUCUGUAAUGUGUCUAUAAUACCCUCCUGACGUGAACCAGAGACCUGAAACCCAGUAUAACGCUACCCCACACGGUGUCUGUCUGUAAUGUGUCUAUAAUACCCUCCUGACGUGUGUGACCCCUCAUUGUCAUCCAUGUCAUCACACUGUGCUCUCUGUGUCAAGCUGAAACCCAGUAUAACACUACACCACACGGUGUCUGUAUGUAAUGUGUGUGGUUAGUUAGUCUGUUAGGUCUCUGGUUCAUGUCUAUAAUACCCUCCUGACGUGCGUGCGACCCCUCAUUGUCAUCACACUGUCCUCUGUGUCAAGCUGAAACCCAGUAUAACACUACACCCAGCACAUCCACACGGUGUGUGUGUGGUUAGUUAAUCUGUAUGAUGGGGAUUAUGUAGGGAUCACUGCCUAAUAAUGACUCAGUGCUAAUGGCUGACAUCACUCAACCGUGUGUCUGUAAGUAAUGUAAUGACUCAGUGCUAAUGGCUGACAUCACUCAACCGUGUGUCUGUAAGUAAUGUAAUGACUCACUGCUAAACAUCACGCAACCGUGUGUCUGUAAGUAAUGUAAUGACAUCACUCAACCGUGUGCCCUUUGCCCUCUGCUGUUUUUAAGUCACCCAUGUUUACAAGCUACAGAGAGAAGUUGUUUUGUUGAGGGGUCGGACAACUCUUCCUAUGACAUACCUAUCGUCUGACCCCAGAUCAGAUGUUAGCUCUGUAAUCACCCCUUAGUUCGUUUUAUAAUGUUAUGUCCUGACCCCAGAUCAGAUGUUAGUUCAUUUUAUAAUGUUAUGUCCCGACCCCAGAUCAGAUGUUAGUUUGUUGUAUAAUGUUAUGUCCCGACCCCAGAUCAGUGAUGAGUGUCUUAUGAGCUUUUAUUAAGCAGCAUUUUGCAUUGAUCAAAGUUAAUGUGUAGAAAUGCUGGCCCUUCAGCCAAAGGGUUUUUAUUCCUUAGAAGAGACUCACCUUUACCAUUUAACAUUCUGUUAUAAUGAUCAGUGGUGCCUUAGUGACUUCACAUUCUGUUAUAAUGAUCAGUGGUGCCUUAGUGACAUCACAUUCUGUUAUAAUGAUCAGUGGUGCCUUAGUGACUUCACAUUCUGUUAUAAUGAUCAGUGGUGCCUUAGUGACAUCACAUUCUGUUAUAAUGAUCAGUGGUGCCUUAGUGACUUCACAUUCUGUUAUAAUGAUCAGCACGGUGCCUAGUGACUUCACAUUCUGUUAUAAUGAUCAGUGGUGCCUUAGUGACUUCACAUUCUGUUAUAAUGAUCAGUGGUGCCUUAUUGACAUCACAUUCUGUUAUAAUGAUCAGUGGUGCCUUAGUGACAUCACAUUCUGUUAUAAUGAUCAGUGGUGCCUUAGUGACAUCACAUUCUGUUAUAAUGAUCAGUGGUGCCUUAGUGACUUCACAUUCUGUUAUAAUGAUCAGCACGGUGCCUAGUGACUUCACAUUCUGUUAUAAUGAUCAGUGGUGCCUUAGUGACUUCACAUUCUGUUAUAAUGAUCAGUGGUGCCUUAUUGACAUCACAUUCUGUUAUAAUGAUCAGUGGUGCCUUAGUGACAUCACAUUCUGUUAUAAUGAUCAGUGGUGCCUUAGUGACUUCACAUUCUGUUAUAAUGAUCAGCACGGUGCCUAGUGACUUCACAUUCUGUUAUAAUGAUCAGUGGUGCCUUAGUGACUUCACAUUCUGUUAUAAUGAUCAGUGGUGCCUUAUUGACAUCACAUUCUGUUAUAAUGAUCAGUGGUGCCUUAGUGACAUCACAUUCUGUUAUAAUGAUCAGUGGUGCCUUAGUGACAUCACAUUCUGUUAUAAUGAUCAGUGGUGCCUUAGUGACUUCACAUUCUGUUAUAAUGAUCAGUGGUGCCUUAUUGACUUCACAUUCUGUUAUAAUGAUCAGUGGUGCCUUAGUGACAUCACAUUCUGUUAUAAUGAUCAGUGGUGCCUUAGUGACAUCACAUUCUGUUAUAAUGAUCAGUGGUGCCUUAUUGACAUCACAUUCUGUUAUAAUGAUCAGCACGGUGCCUUAGUGACUUCACAUUCUGUUAUAAUGAUCAGUGGUGCCUUAGUGACUUCACAUUCUGUUAUAAUGAUCAGUGGUGCCUUAGUGACAUCACAUUCUGUUAUAAUGAUCAGUGGUGCCUUAGUGACAUCACAUUCUGUUAUAAUGAUCAGUGGUGCCUUAGUGACAUCACAUUCUGUUAUAAUGAUCAGUGGUGCCUUAGUGACAUCACAUUCUGUUAUAAUGAUCAGUGGUGCCUUAGUGACUUCACAUUCUGUUAUAAUGAUCAGUGGUGCCUUCACAUUGUUCUAAUGAUCCAUAUUGGAUCUGAGCGUGAAUGUGCUAUUCAAAAUGGUCAAUACCUGUGUCGUCAUUGAUGAGGGGCAAUUUGUUUUAGCUAACGGCACUUUUAAUAAAUUACAAUUAAUUGUUUUCUUUUUAGAUGGUUGUGUCAGAAUUGAGACAUUUUAUGAAUCUGUAUAAUUUGUGGUUUUAUCAGAAUGGAGAGUUGUCUUUCUAAUUCAACACACUGGUAUUGAAGGAGCUGUAAUCCACUGUGGAAGGCAGACUACAGUCGGACCGAAACCACUAUUAGUGUGUAACUGCUCCUGUGUUCCCAUGAGUCUCCCUGAAUAUACUGUCCUGUGUUCCCAUGAGUCUCCCUGAAUAUACUGUCCUGUGUUCCCAUGAGUCUCCCUGAAUAUACUGUCCUGUGUUCCCAUGAGUCUCCCUGAAUAUACUGUCCUGUGUUCCCAUGAGUCUCCCUGAAUAUACUGUCCUGUGUUCCCAUGAGUCUCCCUGAAUAUACUGUCCUGUGUUCCCAUGAGUCUCCCUGAAUAUACUGUCCUGUGUUCCCAUGAGUCUCCCUGAAUAUACUGUCCUGUGUUCCCAUGAGUCUCCCUGAAUAUACUGUCCUGUGUUCCCAUGAGUCUCCCUGAAUAUACUGUCCUGUGUUCCCAUGAGUCUCCCUGAAUAUACUGUCCUGUGUUCCCAUGAGUCUCCCUGAAUAUACUGUCCUGUGUCUCUGCUGUUUAUUCCUGAUAUCUCCUUUUUUUCUUCCUCAAUAAAUUCAAUAAUGAUGGAAAAUGUA